AUAUUGAAAUGAAAUACUUGUUUUGCAUUCUGAGCCCAAUGCUGUCGGUGAGAACCUCGAAAGUUGUGGUUUUUUCUCCCGCCGAUAAAGCUCUGCUGGCAUUAUCAGAUGGGGUGGGUUUUUUGGUAGGAUGGUUUGUAGGAAAAGAUGGGGAGAGUUAAUGCAGAUGGUCUCCACUAUCGAUCUGGGGAAAGACCACACGCUCUCAAGAAUAUUAAAAAGGCUAUAAGCAAAGAAAACCAGGAAAAGCCACAUAAGAAGAAGGCACUGAAAGGGAAAGCUUGGAAGGGUGUAACAUGCCCUGUCUGUCUUGAGAUCCCUCACCACUCGGUUGUCCUCCUCUGCUCAUCUUACCACAAAGGUUGCCGUCCUUACAUGUGUGCCACUGGAAACCGGUUCUCAAACUGUCUAGAGCAGUACAAAAAAGCCUAUGCCAAGGAUGAGAAGAGCGGUAAACCUGCAGAGCUGCUGUGCCCGCUUUGUCGGGGCCAGGUGAAAGGCUGGACUGUGGUGAAAGAUGCGCGAAAGUUUAUGAAUUCGAAGAAAAGGACAUGCAUGAAAGACAGCUGUUUGUUUUCCGGAAGCUAUAGACAGCUCAAGAAACAUGUUAAACAGCAUUUAAGAAUGUAAACGUCAAUAUAUAUUGCAAUUACCGAAAAAACUCAAUUUUGUAGGGGUUAACCUUCAGGUUUUGAGAAAAAAUCAAAAAAAUUGACAAUA